AUGUUCUCCUUGUCUCACGUCGUCUUGGCUAUUGUCUUUCUUUCGAGUGUGGUCACGGCACAGUACUUUCCACCGGUCCCUGAAGGUAUCACAACCAUCAAAUCUAGCAACUACGAGAAUGCAACCAUAUCGUACAAAGAGACCUUCAUCUGCGAGACAACCCCUGGUGUUCGUGGUUGGAGUGGUUAUGUUCAUCUUCCUGCCGAUGCAUCUCGAGACUACCCCAUCAAUACUUUCUUCUGGUUCUUCGAAGCUCGCAAUCGAUCAACCGAUACCCCUCUUGCUAUUUGGCUGAAUGGAGGUCCAGGUGCUUCAUCAGUAGCAUCUGUUGUGAGCGAGAACGGUCCAUGCAAUGUCUUGGCGGACUCGAACAGCACCGAGUUCAACCCUUGGUCUUGGAACAACGAAGUCGACAUGCUCUAUAUUGACCAACCUGUACAAGUAGGCUUCUCGUACGACAGACUAGCCAAUGGAACAUUGGAUGCACUGUCUACGUCUCUGUUGCCAGUUGUUGCCGAUUUCUCGAUUUCUGGGGUACCGAUGCAAAACGAUACAUUGUUUGUCGGUACAUUCCCAUCACUCAAUUCAAGUACGACGGCCACGACGAGUACUAUCGCAGCAUCAGCGGUUUGGGAAUUUCUGCAGGCGUGGCUGAAUGGAUUUCCCUUUUAUGAGAGUUGUAAUGAUAAGGGCCUCGGUAUAUGGGGUGCCUCAUAUGGAGGCCAUUGGGUCACAGCUCUUGCUGGAUUCAUUGAAGAUCAAAAUGACCGCAUAACCGCUGGUACUCUGGAGGAUGCAUUCCUAAUCAAAGUUGAUACGGUCGGCAUCAUCAAUGGACAAGUCGACUUUACAAUUCUAGCAGGCUCAUAUCCAGAUAUGGCAUACAACAAUACUUACGGGUUUCAAGCUAUUUCCGAAGUGGAAUAUUUGAGCGCCAAAGCCAAUGUCACGAUGUGCGAAAACCUGUUUCAAGAGUGCCGGGAUCAAGCUGCUUUUUACGAUCCAGAGAAUUUAGGAAAUGUCACCAGUGUCAAUAGCUUAUGUGUAGCGGCGUAUGGGUAUUGCGCUCUCUAUGUCGAAUACGUCUAUCUGAUUUCUGGCCACGAUUCAUUCGACAUUGGUCACACGACCCCGGACUCUGAGCCGACAAAAUAUGAGCUGGGAUACCUCAAUCAACAUUGGGUGCAAGCAGCGCUUGGCGUUCCUCUCAACUUCACAUAUCAAAACAUGGUCGUCUACAACGCUGUGAUGGCAUCUGGUGACAUUGUCAGAGGAAGAUUUCCGGAAACUCUUGGCGACCUGCUAGAUCGCGGGGUACAAGUCACUCUCAUGUAUGGAGACCGAGACUACAUCUGUAAUUGGAUAAGUGGUGAGCGAACUAGUCUUGCCCUCAAUUCAACACUGUCCUCCGGAUUCCAAGAAGCAGGUUACGUCAAUAUCACCACGAACGACACUUAUUAUGGUGGGGUUGUCCGUCAACAUGGCAACUUAUCUUUCUCCCGAGUCUUCGAUGCUGCUCAUGAAGUGGCUUACUACCAACCCGAAACAGCCUACCGUGUCUUCACUCGAGCCAUGUUCCACACAGACAUUGCAACAGGUGGUAUCUCUAUCGCUGACCACAACAAUUACUCCACUACUGGGCCUUCUUCAGGCUUUCACAUCAAGAACACGAUGCCUGAUAAUCCACCAAACAUCUGCUAUACCUACAUGGCAACUACAACUUGCACCACGGAUCAACUUGCAAAGCUACAGAAUGGGACGGCAGUUGUGGAAGAUUGGAUUGUCGUUGGAUAA